GGUGCGGGCGGGCCGGCGGGCGGGCGGCGCGAGGGUGGAGGCAGCGCGCCGCCGGCGGCGGGGCUGUAGCUCUUCGGGCUCCGGCGGCGGCGCUAGCCUUCGCGACUCUGCGCGUCUCCUAGCCGCUUCCCCGCGGCGCGGCGCCGGCGGCUACGCUUAACAUGACAAAUGUGUGAUUUCAAUGGAAUAAAUGGCGUCCAGAGUCACAGAUGCUAUAGUCUGGUAUCAGAAGAAGAUUGGAGCCUAUGAUCAACAAAUAUGGGAAAAGUCUGUUGAACAAAGAGAAAUCAAGGGCUUAAGGAAUAAACCAAAGAAAACAGCACAUGUGAAACCAGACCUCAUCGAUGUUGAUCUUGUGAGAGGGUCUGCAUUUGCUAAGGCAAAGCCUGAAAGUCCUUGGACUUCUCUGACUAGAAAAGGGAUUGUUCGAGUUGUAUUUUUUCCUUUUUUCUUCCGUUGGUGGUUACAAGUAACAUCGAAGGUCAUCUUCUCCUGGCUUCUUGUUCUCUAUCUUCUUCAAGUUGCUGCAAUAGUAUUAUUCUGUUCCGCUCCUAGCCCACAUAGCAUACCUCUAACUGAAGUGAUUGGGCCAAUAUGGCUGAUGCUGCUUUUGGGAACCGUGCAUUGCCAGAUUGUUUCAACAAGAACACCCAAGCCUCCUCUAGGCACAGGCGGUAAACGAAGAAGGAAAUUAAGAAAAGCAGCCCAUUUGGAAGUCCACAGGGAAGGAGAUGGUUCUAGUACCACAGAUAACACACAGGAGGGAGCAGUGCAGAGCCACAGUGCAGGCGCCUCUUACAGUGUUGGCACUGUCUUCAGAGACCUUUGGCGUGCUGCUUUCUUCUUAUCAGGGUCAAAGAAGGCAAAGAAUUCAAUUGAUAAGUCAACCGAGACUGACAAUGGCUAUGUGUCACUCGAUGGGAAGAGGACUGUAAAAAGCAGUGAAGAUGGAGCACACUGCCAUGAACCUCCGUGUGAGACUGUUGGACCAGAAGACGCAGCCUGGGUCACACGAACACCAAGGAGUGUUCCUGCCAAAGAUACCCAAAGAAAGACGACAAAUGUCUCUGAUGAAGUAUCCAGUGAGGAGGGUCCUGAAAGAGGGUACCCAUUGCGUGGUCAUGUGGACAGAACUUCUGAAAGCAGUCUUCGACAUAGAAAACCACACCAUUAUAAAAAGCAUUAUGCAAAUGAGGAUGCCCCUAAAUCGGGUACUAGUUGCAGCUCUCGCUGUUCAAGUUCCAGACAGGAUUCUGAGAGUACAAGGCCAGAAUCUGAAACUGAAGAUGUAUUAUGGGAAGACUUGUUACAUUGUGCAGAAUGCCGUUCAUCUUGUACCAGUGAGACAGAUGUGGGAAAUCCUCAGAUAAAUCCAUGUGUGAAAAAAGAAUAUAGAGACGACCCUUUUCAUCAGAGUCAUUUGCCCUGGCUUCAUAGUUCCCACCCAGGAUUAGAAAAAAUCAGCGCUAUAGUGUGGGAAGGUAACGACUGUAAGAAAGCAGACAUGUCUGUACUUGAAAUCAGUGGGAUGAUAAUGAACAGAGUGAACAGCCAUGUACCCGGCAUAGGGUACCAGGUAUUUGGAAAUGCCAUCUCUCUAAUCCUGGGCUUAACCCCAUUUGUUUUCCGACUGUCACAAGCAACAGACUUGGAGCAGCUCACAGCCCAUACUGCAUCAGAGCUUUACGUGAUUGCAUUUGGCUCUAAGGACGAUUCCAUGGUUCUUUCUAUGGUCCUGAUAAGUUUUGUGGUUCGUGUAUCUCUUGUAUGGAUCUUCUUUUUUUUGCUGUGUGUAGCAGAAAGAACAUAUAAGCAACGAUUACUCUUUGCAAAACUCUUUGGACAUUUGACAUCUGCAAGGAGAGCUCGGAAAUCUGAGGUUCCUCACUUCCGGUUGAAGAAAGUACAGAAUAUAAAAAUGUGGCUAUCUCUCCGUUCCUAUCUUAAGCGCCGAGGCCCUCAGCGAUCUGUGGAUGUCAUUGUCUCAUCGGCCUUCUUACUGACAAUCUCAGUUGUGUUUAUCUGCUGUGCGCAGCUGCUGCACGUGCAUGAGAUCUUCCUUGACUGUCACUAUAACUGGGAGCUGGUGAUCUGGUGCAUCUCCCUAACGCUGUUCCUCCUGAGGUUCGUCACUCUCGGAUCAGAGACCAGCAAGAAAUACAGCAAUACCUCGAUACUACUUACGGAACAGAUAAACCUCUACUUGAAAAUGGAGAAGAAACCUAACAAAAAGGAGGAGCUGACCCUUGUGAAUAAUGUUUUAAAGCUGGCUACGAAACUACUAAAGGAAUUGGACAGUCCCUUUAGGUUGUAUGGACUCACAAUGAAUCCGCUGCUGUAUAACAUCACCCAGGUUGUCAUCCUGUCGGCUGUUUCCGGUGUCAUCAGUGACUUGCUUGGAUUUAAUUUAAAGCUGUGGAAGAUCAAAUCAUGACAGUUGAGAGAAAUGGAGAUGUAGCCAGAUUUCCAGAACACAAGCGCUGAUGGAGCUGUCUGGAAGCAGUUGGUGGCCCUGCUCCAGGAGUCUGCUGGGAAAAAAGUGUUUACAUCAGACUGUAUUGUGCAAUUCGUUUAUUUAUUUUACUUGUCCACUGGUUUGGUUUUGUUUUGUUUUGUGUGUGUGUGUGUGUUUUCUUUAUUUUUUUUCUUUUUAAACAUCUAGUCCGUUUUAAACAUUGAAGUUUUUCGUUGUUGAAAGGGUGGCAGAACUGAUCCAGAUACCUGAGAUCCUGGUAAUUGUUAAGGUAAUUGACAAACAGAUUGUGAAAACAGAAGCCAUUGCUAAGCACUGUUUCUUCAUUAAUGCCGUGAACUUGCCUUACUUGAGGAAAACUUCUUUAACUCUGAAAUAGUGCAUUGGUCUCAGCUAAACACAUUUUCUUUGGUAAACCAGGAUCCACUCAGGAUCGCUCUUGAACUACUUCAGAACAGUACUGGGAUCUAGACUGAUUAAGCUGCAGUAGAAGCACCCUUCAGUAUUAAUAUAUGGUAUUGUGUAACAGGUCAACAAGUGCUCUUUGAUAAUAAAACUCUUAAUGGAGCAAUAAUUGUAAAUGGUUACCAUACUGUAAAAUAUUUUGAUAAAAAUUAAUUAGUAAUAAAUGUAUUUAUUUAAAACACUGAGCUGUUUGCACAGCUCCAACUGUGCAUGCUCAAAAUGUGCACUUUUUAAAAUGGUUUCUUUUGAUGUAUAUCUCUAUGUGGAUAUGUUACAGUGUACUAGGGCAUAAAUAUGGUAUCCUUUUGAGUGAGGUCGAUCCUCAUCUCACAAGUGAAGUGCCUAUAUUGUUAUUACUAAAGUGCGUUACGUUUACUCAAAAGAAUCUCCCAUGGUACACUAUAGCGUAUGCUGUUCCUACCACACUUAAAUAAAGCUUAAAAAUAAAGUUAUCUGAUUGCUAGUUAUAAAAUUUCCAAAUUUUCCAAAAGGACAGUUUCAGCCCCCCAGUUCUAGCCUCCAACUUUAAUCUGGUGCACCCUCCCCUGGCUCCAUCACAUAAGGGCUAUUUUUAGAUGCUUUUAACAUGGAACGCUAGCUGCUCUCCCCUUCAGUAACUGGUCAGUGUCCGGUGGGAGCUCAUCAUGUUUCCCGUUGGUAAAUAGGGCAGAUAUGAUAGUCCCUACAUCGGGCCUUGAUUCUAAGUUACCUUUGUACAAUCAGUAGUGUUUUAAGAAUUACAUGAAACAAUGUUUUUGUGAUUGUUUUGUUUUGUUUAAGCCAAGCAUUUGGUUUCUAAAACAAAGAAAUUAUUUGAAACAAUCAAGGAUUUUCUUGGUGCAAAGUCAUAUUGAAUAUAUUCAUAUUUUUAGCAUAUUUUCAGGUCUUUAAAAUAAUUAAUUGUAAAUAAUUUAUUUGAUUGGUGCAGUUCUAAUCCGCAAAUCACUCUUAAAAUCAGGAUGUGUAGAGACCAGAGCCGUGUGUUAAAUGUUGCCCUUCCCAUUCCUUUGAGCAACCUCAGCUAAGCCUCACUGGAGAGUGCUCUGUAUAGGAAACGGCAGACAGUAUUGUGUUCCGUCUGCCUGCGCUCUAAGAUGUCCAAUAAUGACCAAAGUGCAUUCUGAGUAUUUUUCAAGGAAUGUAUUACUGGAGCUUUAAGAACAUACUUAGUUUCUCAUGUGAAGAAUUAGGCUUUGUCUGAUAUGUUCCUUCCUAUUGUCUAAUGUUGAGGUUGUUUUUAGGCACUAUAUUUUAUAAACUUUUUCAAAAUAAGGUACAUACCUAUACAGAACUUACCAUUUUGCACAGAUUAUAUCAAAUAUAUUUUGAGAAUAAAAAAGUACAGCAUGAGUUCUGUUAGGAAUAAAGUGAAAUUAUUGUAUCUUAAAAAAACUUAUUUCAGAUUGGAAGUAUUUUUGAGAAAAGUAGCCGAGUAUACUGACUUAGGAAAAUGCUUGCUUUAGGUUGCAGUUGUGUUUGACGUAGAGUUGGGGUGGAUUGUACAGUGUCAGUUGUGCCGUUAACGUGGACAGCAGUAGAGUUCUAAAAGGACGUGCUAAGCAGCUUCAUAGUUGACAGAGCCAUUUCAGAGCAGUGACACCCUGCCUUUAAGUAUACCAUGAAUGUACGAAGUUGAAAUUGUAACAUAUCUCAUCAUAGAGAAAAGGCAACCCAGGGGUAGGGUUAUGGCAAGUGCUGUGUGCUGUUUCUUUGCCGUGUGUUUGGUUUUUGUACUUACUGUAAUAUAAGUCGUAGUUACGCCCUUUAGACAGGGGCGGUGAAAAUGAAGUUGUUUUGUUUUGUUUUAAUAAAGUCUGUUGUUUAUUUA